AUGGAGCAGGAGCCUGAGGAGGAUCCUAACGAGGAUUCAGAGGAGAUUGGACCGGAGGCCAAAGAAGAGAUGGAGUUCGAGGCAUCCGAGUCUAAGGGAGAAGCAACCCCUAUAGAGGAGGAAGAACCUGUUGCAUUGCCACCUCUUACCUCUUACUACAUGGGCUCAGGUAUACCUCGCAAUCGGAAACACGCACAGAAGACAAUUCCCACAUGCGGAGGUGUUAUGAAGAAGAAGCCUAGGAUGCGAGUCCACGGAUUCCCGAGUCUCACGGGGAACUUUCACCCGUACCACACUGCCCCCGUUGAGCCUGCACCAAACACUGUACCUAAAGCCCCUCGUGAGAUUUAA